AUGUUUUUCUAUUUAACUCCCCACAUUAUCACAUUAUACUUUGCUCUCAUACAUACCUCAAGUAAAAUGGAGCCAUGGAAGGACCUGAGCGGGAAAGUAGUGAUGGUGACAGGGGCAUCCUCCGGGAUAGGGCUAGAGUUCUGUCUCGACUUGGCCAAAGCCGGUUGCAGCAUAAUUGCUGCUGCUCGUCGUAUUGACAGGCUGGACUCUCUCUGCAACGACAUUAAUUCAGAGGGUAUUCGGCGAGCAUUUGCCCUUGAGCUUGAUGUCAUGUCCAAUGGUGCUACCAUUGAGGGCGCUGUACAAAGAGCUUGGGAUGCCUUUGGACGUAUCAAUGUCUUGAUUAACAAUGCUGGCAUUAGAGGUAGUGUUAGCUCUCCACUAGAAUUGGCAGAGGAGGAAUGGGAACAUACCUUCAAGACGAAUCUCAAAGGGGCAUGGUUGCUGUCCAAAUAUGUUUUUAGACGCAUGCGCGAUGCCAAACAGGGCGGAGGAUCUGUUAUUAAUAUCUCUUCAGUUUCUGGUCUGAAUAGAGUACUAGUACCCGGGGGUCUUGCUUACGCUUCUUCAAAGAUGGCUCUUGACAUGCUCACUAGGAUGAUGGCACUUGAAUUGGGAGUAUACAAUAUCAGAGUGAACUCAAUAGCACCAGGAGUUUUCAAAUCUCAUAUAACAGAGAGCCUUCUGCAAAAGGAAGGGUUCAAUAAUGUUAUUUUGCGAACCGUUCCUCUGAGAUAUCUUGGAAUGACAGAUCCGGCAUUAACAUCACUCGUUAAGUAUUUGAUCCAUGAUUCUUCAGAAUAUGUAUCUGGUAAUAUUUUCAUUGUUGACAGCGGAGGUACCUUAACAGGUGUCCCAAUUUUCUCAUCACUCUAGAACAAAGGCAAAUUCAUGAUUUAAGUUUGACAAGUUCAACCAAAGCCGAAUUAAGGUUUUCUAGAAUAGCGGCCUCAAUUUAAGAUACAAUAAUAGUA